AUUCGAAGGAGUANUGGACCACAAGCGAGAAUUCCACCAAAGUAUACCGAGGAGGAUUGGGAUUUCAAUAAUAAAGUGAAAUUUCGUAUUACCUGUGAUCAGGAGCGUUUAGCGGAGCGCAUUGUGGAGGAGUCUCAACGCACUGUCGACGAAACUAAAGAUACUACCAAGACUUGGCAGCGCGAAGUGGAGCAUCAUAUGCGUGAGCGCACAAGCGAGAUUCGAUUUUUAUUAGAUGAGCUGAAUAGGCAAAAGAAAACGGCUUUGUUGGAGGACGAGGCACUCAAUACAUAUCGCAAUCGUGUUCUCAAUGCAAUCGAUUUUCUAAAAGAGAAAUCCCUGGCUAUAAAUCAGCGCUGUCAAAUAUUGCGUGAGGGACGGAUUGGUGUGGAUCUGUGCGAUGACGAAGUCGAUCGUUGUUUGCGGCAUGAAUUGAAGGUUAUCAGAGGUUGUCAGUGCCUAAUGGAUCGAUCACUGAAAGAGGCAACCGAACAGAUACGUAGUCUACGCGCUACCAUAUAUUUGCUAGAUAAGGAUUUGGCACAGAAGGAUAAAUCGCUGCUAAUCGAUGAGAAUAAUUUAACGCUACGUGAGACACAGCGACAUUUGGGCACCGGCAAAGAUCUCUCCAAUUUGGAAUGUCGCUACUCCCUCGGCGAGUGGCAACAUACAACCUAUAAAAAUAUUGAGGAUAAUGCCAAGGAAUUGAAUUCGGCUGCACAGUUGCGAGCAUACAUCGACUUGUUAUUGAAGCAAGUAUGCGAGGAUAUGCAAAAUCAAACGGAUCGCACCAAUGAGGCUUUCGAGCGUCGUAUCUCCGAAACGAAACAUGUAAAGAAAUGUUUGGAAGAUAAGCACAACGACUGCAUGAAUCACAUACACGAAAUGCAGCGUAACAUACAUCAAUUGGAGAAGGAGCUGGUCGAUAAGCAACGUUCAUUGACGCUCUGCCAGACACGAUUGAGCAAUCGUGCACGUCGUCCCGGACUUGAGUUGACUUGCGAUAGUGUGCAGGAUGCACUCUAUCAUGAGAUGGAAGCAUUACAGGCAUCCAUAUGUAAGCUAAAUCAGAAGAUAAAUGAGAAUAAAGCCUCCUUGCGUUACUUGUUACACGUGCAGAUAAUGCAGGAGGAGGAGAUCAACAUUAAGGCGAACAGCAUUAAAAUUGAUGAGGUGGAUUGUAUGACUAUUAGGCAAGCUCUAAAAUACCAAUCAUUCUAA